CAGCGACCGCUGCCCCGAUCUCAACAAAGAUGUGUACCUGCAGGACAUCCACUGCGUCAGCUCCCUCUGCAAAGCCUACUUCCGGGAGCUCCCCAACCCCCUGCUCACCUACCAGCUCUACGACAAGUUUGCUGAUGCCGUGGCCAUCCAGAUGGAGGAGGGACGGCUGGUGAAAAUCAAAGAGGUGCUGAAGGAACUUCCAUCCCCACACUACAGGACCCUGGAGUUUCUGAUGAGACAUCUGGUUCACAUGGCUUCCUACAGCUCCCAGACCAACAUGCACGCCAGGAACCUGGCCAUCGUCUGGGCCCCCAACCUGCUCAGAUCUAAGGACAUCGAGGCCUCUGGGUUCAACGGCACGGCUGCCUUCAUGGAGGUGCGGGUGCAGUCCAUCGUCGUGGAGUUCAUCCUCACCCACGUGGAGCAGCUCUUCAGAGACGCCCCUCUCUGCGGAAGUGACCGCGAGAACCUCCGGAAAUCCCUCCUCCUGUCCGGCUUGGGGUUGCCAGGAGUCCACCCCGACAGCCAGACCAUGUCCUACAACUUGCCCACCAUGCUGAACCAGGGAGACGGCCCACCGCAGAUCCGCCCCUACCACACCAUCAUCGAGCUCAACGACCACAAAAAAGGCUCCUUGAAGGUAAAGAAAUGGAGGUCAAUCUUCAACCUGGGCAGAUCCAGCAAUGACUCCAAACGCAAGCCGGCCAAGGCAGAGGAGAAAGAUGACAAAUCCAUUAAAAUGAGCUUGCGGCCGGCCAAAAGCAUGGAUUCCCUCAGCUCCGUGCCGGAUGCUAACGAUGACAAUGCCAGGCUGGGCAGGAAGAGAUCACAGAAGCAGGCCCCCCAGCGCCGCGAGAGUUUCGACAGCCCCUCCUCCCGGGAGGAGAGCUUUCUGGAGUCGGACGAGUACCCCGAAGGGAAAUUCAAGGGCGAGGAGGGGCAGCAAACGCUGGAGUCCGAGAGCGAAGCCAGUGCCAAAUCAGAGCCCACGACCCCCAAGGCCGGCCGGGCCUCACUGGUGGGGGGCGCCCCGCAGGGCCGCUCGCCCAUGACUGCGCGGAACCGGGCAGAGAAGUGCGCUGGGGUCCAUAUCUCCGUCCCCUUCUCGGUCACCGUCCCCUUCCACAUCACCUCCAACAUCUCCCUGUCCCGCCUGACCCGGGGGCUGGAGUGCCCGGCCCUGAGCUACAGCCCCUUAGACAAGGAGGCUCUGGAGAGGUCGUCCAAGGAGCUAGAAGCAGAGGAGGGGCUGUCGGCUAAGCUCCCCCUCGACGAGGAAGAUCACGUGGCAGAUACAAAGCCGGCGAGUGCUCUGGACUCGGAGGAGAACAGGCUGUCCAUGGAGGUGCAGGACUCCUUCUCGUUUCUCGACAACCAGGACACCUGGCAGGACUGUGGCACGGAAGGCGACCAGCCAGAGAAGAGCUUGCUGGAAGAGACCACCUCCGAUUUUGCUGGGGACAUGCUGGAUGGCUUCCCAGGAAUGGAUGACGACAUGGAGAGCAGGUUCAUGAAUCCGGAGUUCUCGGUGGAGCCGCCCCCGGAGUACCUCUCCAUCGAGGAGUGCAUGAAUGAGGAGCAGUACUACAUGGCCACCGGCUGCUCCGACACCGAGGAGCUCUCCAAGGAGACGGACUCCGAGGACGUGUUCCUGAGCGCCUACGAUGACCUCAGCCCCUUAGCUCCUGACCUAGAGAAGCUGCGACAGCUCGGUACGGAGCACGGGUGGGAUGUGCCUCUCCCAGAUGGGGCGCUGGGUGGCGAAAUGGCUCAGGAGAUGCUGAGCAACCAGCCCCCAAGACCUGCUGAGGAAGGGCCGUUAGCUAGCGACACCAAUGGCUCCUCUUUGUCCAAAGAAGGCAGCAGCACCAAGGUGCCUCUGCCAGACAGCCCUCAUGCUCCAGAACUAGCCUCGCCAUGUCGGAGCAAGGAAGCCGCCGAAGAUCCCCACGGCCCCCUUCGCCAGCCAGAGGGGCUCGAAGGGGACGGGGCUGAGGGAGAGGCUGUGGAGUCCAGCCCAGCCAUCCAUCAAGAAGAAGACAUAAAUCUAACAGGGGGAGAUGAUCUUGAAGCAGGCCCUGGCCCACCCAGAACUAAGCCCACCACUGAUGUAGCGCCAGUGCAGGAGCACCAGGGCACAUGGGCUCCGGAGAGCGAAGGCCAUGGAGCCCAAGCCAGCCAUGCCGGAGAUGAGCAAGUGCAGGCCCCAAGGCUAAGGGAGGCAGAGCUGGCUCCGUGUGCUCCAGGCCAGGAGGCCGACGGACGUGCCCCAGAGGAAGUGAGAGCGCAGGAGGGCCAAGGGGGCUCGGCUCUUCCCACACCAGAGACCAAACAGCCGGAGAGUGGAAAGGGCCCACCUCAGCCUCUUGCAAUGAAGACCGCACCUGCCCUCUCACCGGGAUCAGGGCCCGAGCUCCCCACUGUCCCCAUAUGCGAGAGUGGCCCCAUGUCCACUGCCCCCUUUCUAGAGACAGGCCUCGAGACCACUACUGUCCCCCUGGAUCAGAGUGGUCCCCAGGUCUCCAUCUCCUUGCUAGGGACAGGCCAUGAAGCCCCCACCGCCCCUGGGUACGAGAGCGACCCUGAGGCUGCUCCGUUGCUUGAGACUAGCUCGGAUCUUGCGUCUUGGUCUGACGCUUCCUCGUUGCUGUGGAGUGGCCCCACAAGCCUUCCCCUGGAAUCUGGGCCACUGAAGCCCACAGAGCUUCCCACUCUCCCCGAGCCUGACACACCGGCUGGGGUGCGCCCUGACGGGAGCGCCCCCAUGAGAGUCACUUCCAGCACCGUCCGAGUCCAGCAGGUGAAAUCCGUCCCCAUAGUGCCCCCCAAGCCUCAGUAUGCCAGGAUGCCUCCUACUGUGAAGAUGAAGAUGCACCUGGGUGAAGCAUCCACGUGGCCCAAGCUCUCUGCUUCGGAGAAGAGCUCCAGCGGUGGGGAGACCAGCCUGGGGAAGGGGGCCUCUCUCCAGAGGCAGUCGCACCCUGUCAGCCUGGGUGCGUGCUGCCGCGUCACAGAGGGCACAGAGUCGAACGAGGAGUUUCCCCCGCCCAGCCCUGUAGAGAAGUGCCCCAGCAGCACAGAGAGCCGUGAGCCCGCCGAGACCUCCCUCCAGAAGCAGAGGCGAGCCAGCUGGCGUAACGGCGGCAGCAUGUCUUUCGACACGGCGGUGGCCCUGGCCAAGCAGAGGCACUUGGCCCAGGCCCCGGUUCGGAGGAUGCAGACCUACUGCGCGGGGGAUGGUCGGGAGAUGCACGGUGUUCCCAAGGUGGAGAAGCCCCCACCAUUCCCCAGGCCUGCCCUAAAGCCUGUGGGCCAGCGCUCCCUGAGGCCGCUGAGCUGCACCAGCGCGCUACUGUCUCCAGACGCCCUGGCUCUGGGCAAGCACCCGCCCCUGCCUGACACGGCCUGCGAACCGCACCUGGCGCCUGACCAGGAGCCACUGCCCUUCGCCCAGGAGCCCACAGCAAGGAGCAGGCUGAGCAUGCCCAGGCUUGGCCAGCGACCGUCAGACAUGGAAGAGGCAGUGGGGCCUCUCCCACAGCAGCGGCGGUCGCUGGCUUUUGAAAUCAGGGACUGCGGAGGGUCGGAGUUGUGAGGGAGUGGCGGGGACAGUUCCAUGCUCAUUGACUGGUGGGCUGCCAAAUCUCAACCAACGUGGGUUACGGCCUUAAUGCACCAUCCUGCACCCGCUGCUCCGAGUCCAGCCCUGCUGCGGGUGGCUGGCACCAGACGAUCGGGGCUGGGAGGGUUGGGUUGUGCAGCAGGAAGAACCCUGCUUGUGUGGUGCAGGGGAGAGGUCUGCUUUCCAGGAGCAACCCCUCCGAACUGCGAUAGGCCACAUGAGCUCCAGCCUCAGCCAGAGCGAACGCUGCUCAGACACGAUCGUUGAGACAGCCAUUCCCUCCGCGUCUCCUCCAGAAUAGUGAUGUUCAUCUGCAGCGCAGACGAGAACAAGGGCUGCUCCAGCCAGCUAGAUCCACUUCCACCAGGGCAGAACCUGGCCCAGCUUGGCAUUGGGUGGGUGGGGAAAGCCAUGGGGCUGGUGCUCCUGUCAAUAAUUCGAGGCUGGAUUCUCCAAGGUGCUCAGAACUCACAAAACCCACUGGUCACUGGGAGCUGCAGAGGGCCAGCAGCACCUUUGAGUGAGGUCACCAGUUCCUAUCUCCAUCCCCGGGCGAGGGAACACCAGCCCUGGAGACACGGGGGUCAUGAUUUUUAAAACAAGAGCAGCGGAGGGUCUCUCCAAAGACGGCACUGGGCUGAACCACAGCAAUCUUGCUCCCAGCUCCCCCACCCCUUUGCAGUCAUCUCCUCUUUUGCUUUUAGGAAAUAAACAGGUCAAGGAAGUUUCCUCUCUCCUGAAUUCAGCCCCAGGGCUUUCCCCUGCCUCCUGUUAGUCUGCAACCCUUAGCGGCAGGGACCAGCCCGGUAGGUCACAGAACCUUUCAUUGCUAAACUUCAGCCUGCCCAGGUGGAUUACAACUUAAUGGCAACAGAGGGUUCUGUGGCACCUUUGAGACUAACAGAAGUAUUGGGAGCAUAAGCUUUCGUGGAGUAACUUGCAUCUGAAGAAGUGAGGUUCUUACCCACGAAAGCUUAUGCUCCCAAUACUUCUGUUAGUCUCAAAGGUGCCACAGGACCCUCUAUUGCUUUUUACAGAUUCAGACUAACACGGCUACCCCUCUGAAACUUAACGGCAGCAGCUGAUGGUUGUUCCUCAAAGAAGGUAGGACAAUCAGCUGUUUAUAGUCAGCUCCUUGUAAUUUCAGAGAAAUCACUGGCACUGCUCGGCCUCCUUAUUUGUGGUCGCCAGGCUCAACAGAGAGGCCAAAGAAUGAAUCAGCUAUCGGUGGCUGGACUCCUCUCUGAUGCCCCCUCCGGGGCACGGUUAGCACAUAUGUAGGAGAUCUUGCACCUCUGCAGCCCAGCCUGUCCCUUUUCUCUGGGCAGAUGGCAGGUUUCUACGCAGGGACACUGCCUAAAGCCCUAGAAAAUCUACUGUAGGAAAUGAGCCUGAAUCAGCUGGUUGCUGGGCUAGGUGGGACGUACAGUCCGUGUCCACUUCUAACAUCCAUCCUCCUGCUGCCUGGCAUUUAUGAAAGCGGCAGCCGAGUCCUUGGAUUUCCACUCACUUUUCUCUCCACGUUGCUCCAUUAGUAGUCUUAUUUCAUUGGUCUCUUUGGGUUCUCUAACUCCUUGUUAAUCUGAGAUGGCAGCUGGGUUGGGUUUGACAACGAUUCGUAGCUACUCUACCUUAUCACGGACUAAUAAAGAUAGUUUGGAAGAAA